AUGGAGCCCUAUGAUAGUAUGGUAAAUCAACCGGUGGUUAUUGAUAACGGGUCUGGAGUUAUCAAAGCAGGGUUUGCUGGUGAUCAAAUACCAAAAUGUAGAUUUCCAAACUAUAUUGGUAGGCCUAAACAUAUUAGAGUUAUGGCAGGAGCAUUGGAAGGAGAUGUAUUUAUAGGUCCAAAAGCUGAAGAGCACAGAGGUUUAUUGUCUAUAAGAUACCCCAUGGAACAUGGGAUUGUUACUGAUUGGAAUGAUAUGGAGAAAAUUUGGACAUAUAUUUAUAGCAAACAUCAACUUUCUACAUUCUCAGAAGAACAUCCUGUGUUGUUAACUGAAGCACCUCUAAAUCCAAGACCAAAUAGAGAGAAGACUGCAGAAUUAUUUUUUGAAUCAUUCAAUGUACCUGCACUCUUUAUUUCUGUACAGGCUGUACUGAGUUUAUACUCUACUGGACGAACCACUGGGGUAGUUUUAGAUUCAGGGGAUGGAGUAACACAUGCAGUGCCUAUAUAUGAGGGUUUUGCAAUGCCACAUAGUAUCAUGAGAAUUGACAUAGCUGGUAGAGAUGUAACUCGCUAUCUUAAGUUACUUCUCAGGAAAGAGGGUAUUAACUUUAGAACAACUGCAGAAUUUGAAACUGUAAGAACAAUAAAAGAAAAAGAAUGUUAUUUAGCAAAUAAUCCCAUUAAAGAGGAAACCCUUGAGGCAGAACAUACUUCAUAUACGUUACCUGAUGGUAACACCAUACAAAUUGGACCUGCAAAGUUUAGGGCACCUGAGGUGCUCUUUAGACCUGACCUAGUUGGUGAAGAGUGUGAAGGCCUACAUGAAGUCCUUAUGUAUUCUAUAAAUAAAUCUGAUCUAGAUCUUAGGAAGGUGUUAUUUAGGAACAUUGUUUUGUCAGGAGGAUCAACAUUGUUUAAGGGCUUUGGAGAUCGUCUUUUAUCAGAAAUCAAAAGGUUAUCACCAAAAGACGUACAGAUUAAAAUUUCAGCACCCCAGGAGCGAUUGUAUUCCACCUGGAUAGGGGGCUCGAUUUUGGCGUCUUUGGACACGUUUAAGAAAAUGUGGGUUUCAAAACGAGAAUACGACGAAGAAGGGCAAAGAGCAGUGCAUAGAAAAACUUUUUAGUUUCAUGUUAAUUAGAUUAUAUUCCAAAAUAACGUUACUUUAUAAUUAUGGCUUAUAAAUAAUUAUUAAAUAGUGAUUAA